ACAGAAAGUAUGGAGCCAAAUCAAUUAAAGACUAAUUGGUUGCCUGCUGCAGAAUUAAUUUUAUUUUUGGAAAGAGGUGAUCUAAUUGAAAUUUCCCGGCAAUCAUACACUCAUUGGGUCGUAUAUAUUGGUAUUUUUGACGAUAUACAUUGUGUUGCACACAUUUCUACCGAAAAUCAUGGAAGUGCUAAUAAAAAGGAAAUUGGAGCUAAAUUAUUAAGUCGGAGUGUUGCUUCGGUUCGUUCUGAUCCAUUUCUUAUUGUCGCUGGCGCGGAUCUUUCACGUGUAAAUAAUUCUUUGGACAAUCAUCGAAGGCCAUUUCCUCCAACAAUUGUUGUGGAACGCGCCUUGCAGAAACUGGGAACUGGUAACUACAAUCUUAUGCACAAUAAUUGCGAACAUUUUGCUAAAUGGUGUCGAUACUCGCUUAGGGAAAGUGAUCAGAGUUUGUUUGGCCAGGCUGGAGCAUUUGGAUUGACAUCUUUGAUAGCUACUGCAUCACUUCCGUAUAGUUUGGCUGCUACUGCCGUUAGCUUUACCAUCCUAAAAGUUGGACAGGCAGUGAGACGAAAUUAUUUAAUGAGAAGUAUAAUUUAGAGAACGUGAUUGAUUACUUAAAGGAUGUAAUUUUAAUUUGUAAUUUUCAUUUUUCACUUUUUUAUUUGAAUAAAUCGAAA